AUGAACCGCGAUGUCGCUAAUUAUUAUUUUAAGGAGGAUGAUGAUGAUGAUUAUGAUGAUGAUGAUGAUGAGGAGGAUGAGGAUGAGGAUGAUGAUGAUGACGAUGGUGAUGAUGAUGAUGAUGAUGAUGAUGAUGAUGAUGGCGCUGAUGAUGAUGAUGAUGAUGAUGGCGCUGAUGAUGAUGAUGAGGAGGGUGAAGAAGUGCAGCUCGCUGUUCUUGGCCUGGCCUAUACAGAACUGAAAAAUGUAGUUGAGGAGACUAACAUCAAUAGCACGGACUAUGAUGUGGUCGUCUUCAUUUGUGACGAGUUAACAGGCAAUACUGGUGUUCAUGACGGCAUUCAAAAGGCAAUUAAUGACUAUCAAAAGGUGAGUACCGGAGUAACUGUCUCUUGGUUGUACCUUAUUGCUGAUGAUUUUUAUGUUUGCAUCCUUUUUGCGUAG